GUCGCCUCCAACUGCCGGCUUUGACAGAUCAAUACAUUCGUGUUUGAGGGGCUUUGUAUUCAUAUCAGCUCUGACAUGAGUCUUGAAGAAUCAUCGACGAUGCCUGAAGAGAACGAUGUCCUUUUAGGGCGCGGGGGAGCAACAAAUAACCAUUAUGGCAACUGUGCAUACCGUUCAAUCGUGGCUGGUUAUCGAACAGAAUACCUCGCUGCACGGAAAAAGGACAAGGUUGUCAUUGCCCGGAAGAUUGUAGAACUCGUUCAUCGAAACGGAGGAAGAUUUUUGGCCCGAGAUGAUGUGUCUGAUGCUUGGACAGAAGCUCCCGACAAAAGGGCCGUCUCAAAGACAUCUCAAACGCUUCGGGAAGGUUUGGAUGUCCGCAACAAUGUGAUUCGGACGAAGAAAAGUGUUCGCCAUAGCUCAGAUUUUGUUGGGUCAGACGAGGGCAGCCGAAAGCGAGCAAAGAUUUCAUCUGGGAAGUUAUCUCCCGCCAUUGUGAGUCUUUCGGGUGAAAACGCCAGGGAUAUGCCUGAUCUUCACGAGGAAGUUGAGACAAUGUUACGCUACCAACCUUCUCCUAUUGAUCGGUCCCAUAUGAAGAAUGUAUGCGAAAUAUGAAAACAAACUUGAAUGGCACAACGGCUCCAAACUAUUCUAAUGCAUCCAUAAAGACUUAUUUAAACAUGAAAGGGAGUACCUGUUUAAAAAG